CCACACUGAUGCAGAUCAUUUCCUGGAACUUAUUUUUAGCGGUGGAACUUCAUGCAUUUUAAUUGCGCAUCUAUUACACUUACUCAGACUGGCAGUGAGGGAGUUAACCAACUCUGAGUCUGCAUGCUAGAAGAGGCUGUUCUGACAAGACCUGUCGUCUGUCGUGACGCCAAAUAAGGAUCUCUACAGUCCCAAGAGGUGCUGACAUUGGGCACAACACUGCAAACAAUCAAAAUGAAGAGAAGAGAUACGCCACUAUGCAAGCAGCAGUCCACACCCUGCUUUGGAAAAGAUAUGCCACGGCUUUUCCCAAAAAUGUCAAUGAGCGAGGUGGAUGAGAAGGUACGUCUGCUAGCAGAGAAGGUGUUCGCCUCAGCCCUGAAAGAGGAAGACACCAAGGAUGCUAUGGCACUGUUCAGUGUGCCGGAGGACUGUCCCAUCGGUCUGCACGAGGACAGAGAGCGGGCGCUGCAGAAGGAGAUUGCUGCACAGCAGUCCGAGGAGACAGUUAAGAAGAGGAAGAGCUUCAUGUUGAAGCGUUCGCAGUCUGUAUCUUUGCAGAUACCUAGCAGUGCUGAGUGGGCCCUGACUGGGGGUUCCCCAAUGCUCUUCCCAUCAACACCAGAGCCAUGCCUCCCAGAGGACUUUCCAGACUUCCAGAGAGUGACAAUCAGUGGAGAUUAUUGUGCCGGGAUCACAGUUGAGGAUUAUGAGCAGGCUGCCAAAAGUCUGCUUGGGGCGCUGUUCAUCAGAGAGAAAUACUCCAAGCUGGCUUACCAUCACUUCCCCAGGACCACUGCCCGAUUCCUCCGCAGCGCCAAAAAUGAAAUGUGGCGGGAGGAGGAUGAGGUCAUGCCAGACAUCUGGCCUUUUCCUCAUGAAGGGGAGGACCCAUACACCAUGGAGGGAAUUCCUGAGAACCUGAACUAUGAGCUGCAGAUGAAAGAUGGCAUAGUUCAUGUUUACGACAACGCCGAGAACCUGAAACAGCAGCGGCCUCACGGACUUCCAUACCCUGACAUUGAGACCUUUGCCAUAGACCUGAGCCAUGUCCUUGCAAUGAUAGCUGACGGCCCAACAAAAACCUACUGUCACAGACGUUUGAACUUUCUGGCCUCUAAAUUCUACCUCCAUGAAAUGCUGAAUGAAAUGGCGGAGCUGAAAGAGCUGAAAUCUGUUCCACACAGAGAUUUCUACAACGUCAGAAAGGUGGACACACAUAUACACGCUGCUGCAUGCAUGAACCAGAAGCAUCUGCUGAAAUUUAUAAAGGCCACAUACCAGACAGAGGCGGAGCGUGUGGUCCUGGAGAAGGGUGGCCAGAAGAUCACACUCAAGGAAGUCUUCAACAACCUCAACAUGGACCCCUACGACCUCACUGUAGACUCUCUGGAUGUGCACGCUGGAAGACAAACAUUUCACCGAUUUGACAAGUUCAACUCCAAAUACAACCCUGUGGGAGCCAGCGAACUGCGAGAGAUUUACUUGAAAUCAGACAACUACAUCAAAGGGGAAUACUUUGCACGUCUAAUCAAGGAAGUUGCCAAAGAGCUAGAGGAGAGUAAGUACCAGCAUGCUGAGCCCCGUCUGUCGAUUUACGGCCGCUCUGCCAGUGAGUGGGAGGGCCUUGCAAACUGGUUUAUCCAGCAUAAGGUCCACUCACCCAACAUGAGAUGGAUGAUCCAAGUUCCCAGGAUCUAUGACAUUUUCAGGUCAAAAAAAUUAAUACCACACUACGCCAAGAUGCUGGAGAACAUUUUCCUCCCCCUCUUUGAGGCUACAGUCAAUCCGCAAAAGCACAAAGCAACACAUGUGUUCUUAAAAUACGUGACAGGAUUUGACAGCGUAGAUGACGAGUCCAAACACAGCGACCACAUGUUCUCAUACAAAAGCCCAAAGCCUGAACAGUGGACCACAGAUGACAACCCUCCCUACACCUACUACCUGUUCUACAUGUAUGCCAACAUCAUGGUGCUCAACAACCUGCGCAAGGAGAGAGGACUGAACACAUUCCAGUUUCGCCCCCACUGUGGCGAGGCCGGCUCCAUCACCCACCUGGUCUCUGCCUUCCUCACAGCUGACAACAUCUCCCACGGUCUCAACCUCAAGAAGAGUCCAGUGUUGCAGUACCUGUACUACUUGGCCCAGGUCCCAAUUGCCAUGUCCCCACUGAGCAACAACAGCCUGUUCCUGCAGUACUCCAAGAACCCUCUACGAGAGUUCCUACAGAAAGGCCUGUGUGUGUCGCUGUCCACUGACGACCCCAUGCAGUUCCAUUACACCAAGGAGGCCUUGAUGGAGGAGUAUGCCAUUGCAGCCCAGCUGUGGAAGCUGAGCACCUGUGAUUUGUGUGAGAUUGCCAGAAACAGUGUGCUGCAGAGCGGACUGUCUCAUCAGGAGAAGAAACACUUCAUUGGUUCUAACUACCUACAGGAUGGACCGGAGGGCAACGACAUUCGGCGGACAAAUGUGGCACAAAUCCGUAUGGCCUACCGACAUGAGACACUGUGCAAUGAGCUCAGUUUCCUAGUUGACGCAGUGAAGAUGGAUGUUGCCACUAACCCACCUAAGUGAUUUACCUCGUCAGCACAAACUGUGCCUGAAUACGUCCUCAUGGAGAGAGAUACAGGUUGGAUGGCACAUACUUUUUUUUCUUUUUUACAUUUUCUUAAAAAACAUUGUGACCUAGAUUUGAGAAAAAAAGGAGAUUCUUAUAUUUUAUGUUGAACCUCUUGAUUUUUAGACCGUAUUCAAUGAUAUAUGUACAAACGUUGCCAGUGAUUGUGUGUCUCAUUUUAUUGUUAAAGAGGUUUGUUUUCUUUUGAAGGGCGUGAAAUGCACUUGUGGAUUGGAUAUAUGAAAAAGCAUUAGCCGCGAAAUCUGAUUUGGAGUUGACAAAAUUAUUUAGAAGCAUAAUAUAGAAUGAUUUCGUACUGGAAAUUAGUUUUUAUAAUUGCAAAGUUGACACUGCUUGGUGAAUGUUUUUUGUCACUUGGAUUUAUGCACAUAAAAGGCUUUUAUCUGCUCUAUAGGUCUUAAAUGAAAUGCUGAAAAAAAAAAAAAAAAGAGUUUGUCAUUUUUCAUAUUUUUACAUAUGUAAAUAAAGG